UUCGCCGGCGGCCGUUGCUGUGCCAGUUCCUGGGUCGACUGCUUCCUGUUAGCUAGCUUAGCUCCGCGCUUCUGUCACUCCUCACAAUGGCAUCCCCUAACACAUACAGGCUUAGCUGCUCAAUUGCGGGCCAUGACUUGGACAUCAGAGGCCUAGCAACUGCAUUUUUCCCCGAAGGAGCAUUUGUUUCUGUAUCGCGGGACAGAACUGCCAAAGUCUGGGUCCCAGAUUCAAGUGAAAAUAGAGGCUACAAGGAGAUGCAAUGUAUGACCGGCCAUACGAACUUUGUUUCUUGUGUCUGCAUCAUCGCCCCCAAUGAAACAUACCCCCGUGGACUCAUAGCGACCGGUGGCAACGACAACAACAUCUGCGUUUUCUCAAUGGACCGACCGGACCCUCUGUUCACUCUAAAAGGACACAAAAACACCGUGUGUGCACUCUCAGCUGGGAAGUUUGGGACAUUAUUGAGUGGAUCAUGGGACACCACAGCCAAAGUCUGGCUCAGUGACAAGUGUAUGAUGACUUUACAGGGACACACAGCAGCUGUCUGGGCUGUAGUAAUUUUGCCAGAGCAGGGUCUCAUGCUCACAGGAUCUGCUGACAAGACGAUUAAGCUCUGGAAAGCUGGCCGCUGUGAAAAAACAUAUUCAGGUCAUGAGGACUGUGUCAGAGGACUAGCAGUGGUGAACGAUGUCGAGUUUUUCUCCUGCAGCAAUGAUGCCAGCAUCAGACGAUGGAUGGUGACGGGCGAAUGUGUUCAAGUGUACUACAGCCAUACUAACUAUAUCUAUAGUCUGGCUGUCUGCCCCAAUGGACAAGACUUCAUAAGCACAGGAGAGGACAGGACAGUAAGGAUCUGGAAGAAAGGGGAAUGCACUCAGACCAUUCGUCUGCCAGCCCAAUCGGUUUGGUGCUGCUGUGUGCUGCCCAAUGGAGAUAUCGCCAUAGGGGCUAGCGAUGGCAUUAUCCGUGUUUUUACUGAGAGCGAGGAGCGUGUAGCAAGUGCUCAGGACCUGAAGGCAUUUGAAGAUGAGCUCUCCAAGGCCACCAUUGACCCAAAGACUGGAGACCUUGGAGACAUCAAGAUUGAGGAUUUACCUGGCAGGGAACACUUAAAUGAGCCAGGGAAUCGAGAUGGACAAACCCGACUCAUAAAAGAAAACACUAACGUGGAGGCCUACCAGUGGAGCAUGAGUGAAAGCCGCUGGAUGAAGAUUGGAGAUGUGGUGGGAGGGUCUUCCCAGCAGAACUCAAAGAGAGUAAUGUUUGAGGGCAAGGAGUACGAUUUUGUGUUUACCAUUGAUGUGAAUGAGGGCGGGCCCUCCUUGAAGCUGCCCUAUAACUUGAAUGAUGACCCUUGGCUGGCGGCGCACAACUUUCUGCAAAGGAACGACCUAAAUCCCAUGUUCCUUGACCAGGUUGCUAACUUCAUCAUCGAAAACACCAAGGGCCACACCCUGGGGCCAGCACCAGCUACUGCAGUAGACCCCUUCACAGGUUCAGGUCGUUAUAUCCCUGGGAUGGGGGGAGGAACAGAAGGCUUUGGUGCAGACCCCUUCACCGGUGCUGGGCGAUACAUACCUGGAGCAGGCUCUCCUGGCUCUGCCACCUCAGGUGCAGCCGACCCCUUCACAGGUGGUAGUGCCUACUCUCUUGCUGUUCUCCAGAAAGCUGCCACAAAUAUUUACUUCCCCAAAACGGACGGAGUUAUGUUUGAACAGGCCAAUGCAACUCAGAUCCUUGCAAAGCUACGGGAGCUAAAUGGCAAUGCUCCUCAGGAUCACAGGCUGAGUGAGGUGGCAUUGGACAGUCUGGAGAAGCUUCUGCUCAAUGUCUCAGACCCUAAGAGCCCAGAUCAGCCCACAGCAGAGCAGAUCAGCAUCCUCUGGAGGACCAGCCACUGGCCUGAGGACAUUGUCUUCCCUGUACUGGACAUCCUGCGCCUGGCCGUGCGCCACCCGGAGAUUAACGCCCAGCUCUGUGGAGGCACGGAGGGCUCCAGUCUCUGCAACCACCUGCUGGGCCUCAUGUCGCCACAGGGCCGGCCGGCCAACCAAAUGCUGGCUCUGCGCACCUUCUGCAACUGCUUCGCUGGCUCCCGAGGCCGCACCCUCCUCCUGGGCCAGCGUGAGGCCGUGCUCUCACGGGCUGCCGACCUCCGUGCUGUCUGCAACAAGAACAUCCACGUCGCAUUGGCCACUCUGGUGCUCAACUAUGCAGGCAUGCUGCAUGGGCAGCCGUCCGAGCUGGAAGCCAAGGCCCAGUGCCUGUCGGUCGCCAGCAGUGCGCUGGAGGUAGUGCAGGACAAAGAGGCUGUUUUCAGGCUGCUGGUAGCCCUGGGGACUACAGUGGCUGGAGAUAGCACGGCCAAAGACCUUGCACGCUCGUUGGGCGUCGCUUCACAGAUCACAAAGUAUGCCAGCGUGUCAGAUCCAGCUAAAGUGGGGGAAUGCUGUCGGCUGGUGCUGGAUGAACUGCAGUGAUGUCACAGAGGGCUUGUGUGAUGUCACAGACGGCCCUCAUGCUCCUCUGACUACUUAUAUUGUUCUGUCCUGGUGGCACCACCCAACACUUCCCAAUCCAUAGUUUCUAUUUAACUUGGCCUGUUUACUGAAUGACUGCAUGAAUAAAAUUAUUGAUGUAAAAAAAAUGUUUCCUAAAGCAGGGUCAUGUGUAUUAUCAUGUUUGUUAUAUCUACCUGGAUUAAUAAAGAAAAAAACAAAAUGAG